CCAUAUCUAUUGGCUACCAAAUCAUAUCACUGCGCAGGUUUUGUCGACAUUUGAUGUUUUGAGACCGCGCGCUUGACAUUCAAUUUAUUAUGCGUGGUACCGGCGUGGCGUGAGGUUCGGUGUUGAACGUAGCGAUCCUGUCCUGCUGCUUCCUGGGUCGCCUGGCGCCCUGUCCGAGCCACCGCGUUGACGCCAUGAACGGCGCGCAUGCGCACUCGGAGGUGGUGGCGAUCCUGGACGCGGGCGCCCAGUACGGCAAGGUGAUCGACCGGCGCGUGCGCGAACAACGCGUGGAAACGGAGAUUCUACCGCUCGACACGCCCGCAUUCACGCUGAAGGAGCGCAAUUUCAAGGCCAUCAUCAUCUCGGGCGGACCAAGCUCGGUCAAUGCCGAGGACUCGCCGCAGUAUGACUCGGACAUAUUCCGGAUCAACAUCCCUGUGCUGGGCAUCUGCUACGGCUUCCACAUGAUGAACAAGGAGUUCGGCGGCGUCGUGCAGGCCAAGGAGGAGCGUGAGGACGGACAGUUCGACAUCGAGGUCGACAACCAGUGCGUCCUCUUCAAGGACCUGGAGAAGACGCAACAGGUGCUCCUAACGCACGGCGACUCUGUGAUUCGCGUGGCGGACAACUUCAAGGUGGUCGGCCGCUCCGGUAACUUGGUGGCCGCCAUCGCUAAUGACAAACUCCGGCUGUACGGUGUACAGUUCCACCCAGAGGUGGACCUGACGGAGCACGGCACAGCGAUGCUGCGUAACUUCCUGUACAACGUGGCCGGUGUGACGGGAUCGUUCACCCUGCGAUCGCGGGAGGUCGAGUGUCUGGAGAACAUCCGCACCGCCGUCGGCUCACAAAAAGUCCUGCUGCUGGUCAGCGGUGGUGUCGACUCCACCGUGUGUGCGGCGCUCCUGCACAAAGCGCUCAGCCAGGACCAGGUGAUAGCCGUCCACAUCGACAACGGGUUCAUGCGAAAACACGAGAGUCUGCAGGUGGAACAGAGUCUCCGCAAGAUCGGACUCAAACUCAGGGUGAUAAACGCGCGGCAUAAUUUCCUGAACGGCAGCACGACAAUCCCGGAGACGGGAGCCAACGGCGUGCUUCGGAAACGUGCCACCGGUCUGCUCUGUCGUACCACGCACCCCGAGCAGAAACGGAAAAUCAUUGGCGACACAUUCAUCAAGGUGGCCAAUGACGUCAUCAGCGAGCUGACGCUGCGUCCGGACGAGGUGCUGCUCGGCCAGGGUACGCUGCGACCCGACCUCAUAGAGUCGGCGUCCCAGCUGGCCUCUGGCGCGGCGCAGUGUAUAAAGACACACCAUAACGACACCGACCUCGUCCGGGAGCUGCGGCAGCAGGGCCGCGUCGUCGAGCCGCUCAAGGACUUCCACAAGGAUGAGGUCCGAGAGAUGGGCCACGACCUGGGUCUACCGCCGGAGCUGGUACAGCGUCACCCGUUCCCCGGACCCGGCCUGGCCAUCCGGGUCAUCUGCGCAGAGGAGCCCUACAUGAGCUCCGACUUUUCCGAGACGCAGGUGCUGCUGCGAAUCAUCGCCGACUACCACAGCUGCAAACAGCGGAGUCACGCCCUGUUGAACCGGAUAGACGGCGCGACAUCGGAGGAGGACCGCACCACCCUGCUGCGAAUCUCGUCCAGGCACCGGCUGGCCACCACACUGCUGCCCAUACAGACCGUCGGAGUUCAGGGUGACGGCCGGACAUACAGCUACUGCGCCGGCCUGAGCAGCGACGCCGAGCCCGACUGGCACGACCUGAUGCAGCUGGCGCGGCUCAUACCACGCAUCUGCCACAACAUCAACAGGGUAUGCUACAUCUUCGGCGGCAUGGUGAAGGCGCCGCUCACCUCCGUGACGCCCACGUUCCUGACUUCGGGCGUGCUCUCUCAGAUCCGAGAGGCGGACUAUGUGGCGCAUCAGGUGCUGUCGUCGUCGGGCUCCGCGUCGGUCAUCAGCCAGAUGCCGGUGGUGCUACUACCGCUGCACUUUGACCGUGACGCCACGUGCCACCAGCCGAGCUGCCAGCGCUCCGUGGUCAUCCGCACCUUCAUCACGCACGACUUUAUGACGGGCGUGCCGGCCACGCCCGGUAAACAGCUGCCACUCGAGACGCUGAAGCGGAUGGUGGCGGAAAUCCAGAACGUCAGUGGCAUCAGCCGGGUGUUGUACGACCUGACGGCCAAGCCGCCGGGUACUACAGAGUGGGAGUGAGCCGGCUGACCGGCGGACCCUCCUUCCCGUGUAUCGUGUCGUAUCGGGACGCGGCGCGCCUGCCGCCGCCGCUGUCAGACUUCUAGUAUCUGCGGGUGGUUGUAUCGUGAACGUGGUGCGCGCACAGGACGAGGAAGUCAGUGGCGCUCGCCGACGGGUCAGCGCUCGGCGAGUGGAGGGACGACGGACGUCACUUGGCGACCGCGCAUGUGAAACUGUAACUUUGUUAAUGAUCCACUGUAUGGCGCUAUGCGGUCGUGGGCUGGCUGCUGAGACUCGGGCUCAUCAUAGGGGCGACUGAAAUACAUUCUGUAACACAUGG